UAUUAAUGUAAAAAUUUCAUCUGUUUCUAAUUGUUGCAGUAUUAAGUUGUGAUGUAGAUGAAGCUGCAAAGGCUUUCAAAUAAAAAUAAAUUCGUGAUCCUAUUUUCCCAUAUACUAAGAAUCCUUAUGAAAUAGUGGAUCCUAUUUAUUUAUAAAAAGUGUCUGAUAAUUUGAAAGAUAAUACCAGUGUUUGUGCUAUUAAAUAUGAUGAUUAUGAAAAAUAAAUGUAAUUAUUAUGAGAUCAUAAAUUUUAGAUACCAUUUAAAACACUUUAAUUCAAAAGAAGAAGCAGAAGAGAAUUAAUUUAUUGUGACUCAUCAGGGAAAAUGUGGCGCAUGCUCUACUUUAUAAGAUUUAGCAGUUUAUCUUACAACAGAUUUGACUAGACCAGUGAGAAAAUGUGGAUUAAUGUUUGGAUUGUCUCAUCAUCAUCUUUUGAAAUGUAUCAAAGGUUUAGGAUUUAGUGAUACUUGUGCUUAAAUUUGGUUGUAUAAUACUUUGAAUACUAAGAAAUCAUGUUUUUGGCCUUGUAUGUAAUAAUUAUAUUUUAAUAUUUUUAGAGUGUCUUUUUUAACUAAUUAAGACUUUGUAAAAAAUGGAAAAUUAAAUAAAUGCUUAUAAUGUGAUGAAGAUAUUUCUGGACCUAUCUUUAAAUAUGAAUCUGGAAGAACAAGACGUAAUUCAGGAAUUAAAUCAGAAAUUGAUAGACCAGAUGAUUAAAUUUAUGAGAUCACUCAUUGUUAUUAUUGAAUAUGAU